AUGGGUAGAUCUUCGAGUAAACCAGUAAAAGCCCCUGUCGUAAAAGACAUAACACCAAUUAAUCCAGCCGAGUUUAUUGAAUACAAAUCAGCUUUUGAAAAUGGUGAAAUGUCAAAAUUGAAGAAAAAGAUCGAUGAAGAUCAAGACAGGUGGAGAAAGAUUGUAGUAAAUAUCGCCAUCAUAGGUAAUUCAGGUGUUGGUAAAUCCUCAUUCAUAAACAUUUUCAGAGGAAUCAGAGGAAAUUGCGACGGUGCAGCUGCGGUUGGUGUUAAUGAAACCACUGAAGUACCAACGAAAUACGUACAUCCUGGUAAUAUGAAUAUCGCCCUUUGGGAUCUUCCUGGAGUAGGGACGCUGAAAUUUCCAAACAGCACAUAUUUGCAAGACGUAGGGUUUGACAAAUAUGAUUAUUUCCUCAUCAUUUCAUCCACCCGUUUUACAGAAAACGACUUGUGGUUAGCAAAAGAAGUUCACAAGCUUGGAAAAUACUUUUUUUUCAUCCGUACAAAAAUGAAUGUAGAUGUAGAAAAUGACAAAUACGAUAAUCCUCAAAGUUGCAAAGAUGUCACUGUUAGUAAUGUACGAAAAGCAAUUGAAACCUACUUUGCAAAUGGAGGUCUGACAAAUAUUCAGGUGUUCCUUAUCGACAGCCAUUUUCCUUUUGAUUAUGACUUUCCAAUCCUCGUGACAACAAUGAUAGAUGUUGCACCUAAAUGGAAACAGGAGGCAAUGGCAUUAACAAUGACAAAUCUUACAGAAUCCCUUAUAAAACGGAAGAAAAGUAUACUAAAGAGAAGAAUACUGCGAGUAUCACUUUAUUCAGCUAUUGCUGCAGUAGCACCUUUGCCGGGCACGAGUCUUCUUUUUGAUGACAAGCUCGUAGAUAGAGAAAUGUAUUUCUAUAGAAAACAAUUUGGUCCCGACGACAUAUCGCUGAAAAAAAGUAUUGGUUUAUUGGAAAUACCUGGUGACGUUGAGGCUCUAGAAAAGAGAUUGAACCUUUCAAGUCCUUCCUUUGGAACAUCUAUAGCAAAGUCUGUACCGUUUCUGAUGUCACUUCGGGUAGCAGAUGUUGCUGGACCAAUAACUGAAAUUGUAUUUCCGGUUAUUGGAAGUAUCAUUGGUGCAGGAAUAUCUUAUGGCAACACAGUUUACAUUCUUAUGUCCAUAUUAAACGUAUUCGUGUCAGACGCAUUAGCUAUUAACAAAGAAUUGAUGAAGAAACUGUCGGCACCGAGUCUGUCACCAAAAGAUCACAAGGCAAAACUGUAA